AUGGCAGUCGCAUGGACCGCGACAGUGGCAUAUGGUGCCUCGCAUCUUCUCAACCCACUCGCAGAUGAUCCCGUAACAAGUGACAGUAACGCACGCGUCGCUGGAGUCGCAACAGAGGACUCGCGCAGUGGGUCCUCGCCGGCCACCAGAGUCGACGCAAUGCUCGCCAAGGGUUACUCGCUCCUCUCGUCCACAGACAUUGCUGGUGCGACUGUCGAGGAGUGGGAUAUCAGCGCAUCAUUCCCUUCUUCUGCUGAUACCAAACGGUCAUUAUUGGGUUCAGCAGAGCUGGAAUUGGAGGAACGUGGCCUCCAGGAGAAACGCGCUACGAUUGAUAUUCAAGGUGCCAAGUGCGCUACUGCGUGUUCUUGGCAGCAAAACGUCCCCAAGGCAAAUGUAAAUGAUUGCCCGAGCGCGUAUGGCGCGCUCUACGGGACCACUGGUAUCUUUACGGUCAACCCGACCCGUGCGCUUAGCUCGACGGUCGCGAAUUGCUCCGUAUGGGUUGUGAAUCGGAGUCAGAAUGCGAUCAUUUAUGACUAUUGGGACGCCGGAGGAACAGGGCAGUGGCUCACGUAUUACUGCCUGCAGCAGCAGUCUGCAACCGUCGGUGUCUGUCUCUACAAUGGCCAGGGAAUUGGAACGAAUGUGACGAAUGGCGUAUGGACGGCCGUCAGCCACCCAAAGUUCAUGUCCUUGUGA